AGGGGUGGUCACUUUAAUUGUCGGGCGCUCUAUCGGAUGCCCGAUAGGCGGAUACGAAUGCCGCUUUCCUUCUGUUAUCGAUAAAACAUACAAAUAAAUACAAGUCUAAACAUAAAAAUGGAAGGAGCAGAACCAAAUGCCUUGUGGACGUUCAAGCUGAUGGCGCCGUUCGUGCUCUUUGGCUACCUGACCGGCCUCGUGGUGGCACUCGCUUGGAACUGGUGGCAACUGGGACAUUUAAGCCUGGGCAUCAACCUGACACUCGCGAUUCCAGUGGCGGCGAUCGGGGCGAUCCUCUACAGCCGACCUGUAAGGUGCAUCCUGGCGCUGGCCGUUCCCUCGCUGUGCAGUUCCCGGGGCAGGGCAUUCCUCAUCAGUCUCGCGUUCGUACUAGCUGCCGUUGGACCCACGGCCAACAUACUGGCCAACAUGAAGGUGAUGCUUCGCAGCCUCGCCUGCGGACAGGAGCUGUUGCGCCGCGCGCUCGGCCAGAUGCUGGACGUAAUCCUAGAGCCGGUGAAUGCCAUCCAGUUGGCAGUGGACCUGUUGCUCCAGGAAGUACGCCGGGUCCUCAAGCAGGCCAUGUUGGUGCUUCUCCGCAUCCAGGACCACCUGAUCGCUAUUAUUGACACACUUAAAAACUGCGCCUCCUGGCUGAAAUCCGUCGUGGAUCUGUGCAACACGGAAAUGGGAACUCCGUGGGCGCGCUGCAAAAGCACAGCACAACGUGCCAUGGUUAGGUGCCAGGCCAAGAUGGGGGUCUUCAAGGCGCUCUGCCAUGCCUCCAAACUGUUUCUGGCCCUCUGCUAUCCCGCCAAGAUCUUCGAUGUGUUCUGCAGCGGUUACUGGGACGUUAGCUGGGCCCUCCUGGACAAGAUAUUGGAACGAUACCGCGAAUUUGUGAGGAACAUAGAGCAAAUGUUUGACGCCAAUAUCACCUUCGAGCACGAGUUUUUCUUUGAUACGAACUCAUCCAAGAGUUUGGCCGACGUGGGCGAGGAGAUAAUCCAGGAUAUCAACCAGCGACUGUCGCCGUUUAUCUUCCUGCAAAGCUUCGUGGACAUUCUCUGUUGGGUCAUGGUGGUUACAGUGUUUCUUAAAGCCACCAUAUUUUACCUGCGCUACAUGAACAGUCGGCAGUUUCAGAAUGUGUUCCUGACAAAGAUACUGAGUGCUAUCGACAAGCGGCACGGAAAGCUCGGAUUUGAAUAUUUGCUGCCUUUGCAACGGCUUGAGAAGGCAAAAUACAUGAAGCUUACCAGUCUACGCCUUACCUUUUUCGAGUUUGUUUCCAUCGUUGAGAAUGCCUGCUUCAUGAUGACCACUUGUCUGCAGCUCUUCGCGAUCUGCUUUCUUGACUACGGGCUCUUCUGGCUGCUUGCCACGAUGUCCUUUCACGGACACCAAGAGGCCGGGCUGGAGGUGCCUGCCUAUAUCGAUCUGGAGAUCAAGGGCGGGGGUUUUGUUGCCGAUAUCAUGCGGGGAAUCGCGAAUGCCUUUCGACCCCUCACUCAGAAAAGCGUUCUAGACACCAAUCCCUGCCUACCGCUGCCCGUAGAACCGGACUAUGCCGAGUAUAUUCUGAUAUUAGUGCUCUGCCUGCUCGCCUGGCUGAUCUUGCUGGCCGAGCCGUAUGUUUUGCGCACUCGCCAUCUUAUCAUGGCCUACUUUUACCCGGAUAGAGCCAAGGAAAGAGCCAUGUUUCUGUACAACAGGAUCUCCGAUGAUAGAACAAGCCUCUUUCAGUUUGCCCGUCGCAGGAAGCGAAAUGCAUAUAACCAUAAACGGAAUGUGGAGCACCUCAGAUGUUUUAAUUGGCUAAGUAAAGGAUUCGCCGGACUUCUCCGCAGGUGCUGCUGCUGGUCCGCCAGUCAAAAUAAAGAAAGGUGCACCAUAUGCGGCCUAUCCCUGACUUCCUCGACUCGUAAUCCCUGCGACACUCCAGGCUGCGAGGGCGUCUACUGCGAUGAGUGCUUCGAAAAGUCUUACAGGAAGUGCUGCCUGUGCAAACGGCCGGUGGACUAUGGCGAUUUCUCCGACGUUUCUGAAGUGGACGACUCUUCGGACAAUUCCGAAAAAGAGUCAUUCCGAGAGAAGCGGUACAGGGAGAUCUGCGGAAGUCAAAGCCAGAAACGUGUGACGAGAAACAAACCUUAGAGCAUACCAGAUUCUUAAUAAGUAAUUCUAAAAAUACUUGUUUUAAUCCCUACCUCAGAAGAAAAUUAGCAGAAUGAAGAAUAGUUCCAACACCUGA